UUUUAUGCGAGGGAUUAAAUGCAUGUUUCCUUCAUUUGGGCCAAACAACGGGGGGUUUACGGCGGCCACUGAACUUUUGUGCGGAAUCGAAAGAUCUCUGUCUGAGGCGCGUCCCCCACAAACACAAGCCCAGCGGCUCCAACCCUCCGCUGCCCCAUGGGAAGCGUUCGCCAUGGCCUCAGCGGAUCAGCUCAACGCCACCCACGUGGAGUAUUCCCUGCUCCGGCUCAAAGCGUCCAACUGCUGCUCGGUGAGCGCCGAGAACCCCCUGACGCUGGAGGACAGCACCAAGCUGCUGGGCGUCCGGGUGGUGCUCAUCCUCGCCUACAGCACCAUCAUAUUCUUCGGCGUCGUCGGGAACUCUCUGGUGAUCUACGUGGUCCACGCGUUUAAGAACCUCCGCACUGUCACCAACUUCUUCAUCGUGAACCUGGCCGUGGCCGACCUGCUGGUCAACACGCUGUGCCUGCCCUUCACGCUCACCUACACGCUGUACGGCGAGUGGAAGUUCGGCCGCGCGCUGUGCUUCGCGCUGCCGUGCGCGCAGGGCACCGCCGUGCACGUGUCCACCGUCACGCUCACCAUCAUCGCCCUGGACCGCCACCGCAGCAUCGUCCACCACACGGAGACCAAGAUGUCCAAGGACGCGUGCGCGGCGGUCAUCGCGGUCACGUGGGUGGUGAGCGCCCUGCUCGCCAGCCCGCUCGCCGUCUUCCGGGAGUACGGCACGUUCGACCUGUCCCCGGACGAGUCCAUCCAGGUGUGCGCGGAGAAGUGGCCCGGCGGCUCCAUGAACGGGAGCAUCUACAGCGCGUCGAUGCUGCUCAUCCAGUACGGCCUCCCGCUGGCCGUCAUCUCCGUCGCGUACAUCCGCAUCUGGCGCAAACUGAGGCGCCGCGUGGCGCGCGGCGGCCGCAGCGACCGCGACCGGCGCCGCGGGAAGACGACGAAGAUGCUGCUCACCAUGGUGGUGGUGUUCGCCGUCAGCUGGCUGCCCUUCCACGCCUUCCAGCUGGCGGUGGACACCAACAGCGCCGUGCCGGACAUGAGCGACUUCAAGCUGCUCUUCACCGUCUUCCACGUCGUGGCCAUGUGCUCCACGUUCGUCAACCCCAUCCUGUACGGCUGGAUGAACAGCAACUACCGGGCGGCCUUCCUGUCGGUGUGCCGCUGCCACAGGGGCCUCGCAGGCGCACGGAACGCGGAGCGCCGGGUUUGCGUGGACGGCAAGUCCACAAAUGUUUAAAAGGGGCCGGUGGCGCUGACGUCAUACAUGAAAGCGUGAAAUGCGCACAACUAACACGCAUGGACUCAAGUAAUAAAACACUUCUAACACAAACCUCAUCCUCCUUUAUAAUGACGUCACUGCCGCUGCAUCUGACGUAAUGAAGGAGUUGUAGAGGCUUGAUGUGAUACUGAAACUUCACAGCAGCAAAAGCAUAGCAAAGUAUAGUUAUUAUACUAUACUUUGCUAUGUGAACUAAUAAAGAAACGCUGUAAUGAUGUCUCCCAUAAUAUGCAAAUGUUGCAUAUUAUGGUGUCUCCCAUAAUAUGCAAAUUAUUAAGCGUGCUUGUAUAAAACCAAAUAACACAAAUGACGUCAUACAUCUCCAGUAACCCACGUGUGAGCUGUUUUCCCCGUCGCUGACGCCGCGGGAGGCGGACGUCCGCGAGCGCAGCAGGAAAGCGGAGCGCUCGUUCUCGUCAGCCUUUGUUCUCGCCGAGCGUCUAAUCGGCCCUCGCUGCAACGCUGAUUACGCCGGCGCUCACGCGCCAAGCGCGCUUCCUGUUGUUGUUGGGUUGGCUCCACGUGUACGUGGGGAGCCGAGGGACUGGGGCAUUAGGAGCCCACUCAGGGUGGAUCCGUCGCUAAAUCAAUAAAUGUUUCCUUGACUGAUGUCGUGCAGCAGCUGUAGCGGUCGCGUCCUCGAGUGGAGGAGAGUAAAAGAAACUCUGAAUCUAAUGACGUUCAUCCUUGUUAGAUUAGCGUUCAUAACUAAAAUAGCUUUUUUGACCUCCCUUAAAUUUCCUCAAUAUGCAUCAACAUCUGAUUUUCUAAAGUUGUAUAGAUUUCGCUAUGAAGCUCAUGAAGUGAAGCCACUUUAGUUAAUGCUGCCUCCCACCUUAGUCUGUUUUAAUGGGAUGUUGAGGCCACAGCAAAAAAGAUGAGCUGAAUCCAAAAACGAGCUAAAAAAAGGCUGAAUGGCUCCUCACUGCUUCUCCCCUUGAUAUUAAAACACUGACUGCGGGUCAGAUAUGAGACAUCACUGCAUCGUCCUGAUGCUUUGUUUUGUGCUUGUCUUUGUCGUAUAAACCUGCACAGACGUGGUUUACAGAUGCAGACUGCGGUCACGUCCCACCCUCAGGUACAACCUGGACCUCAGCAGACGUUCAGACGGCAGAAGAGCUGAAUGAAUGAGGCUGCAGCGCCCCCUGCUGUCUGGACCCGGAGUUAAAGCUGCAGCAGUUUAAUUUUCAUAUUUACCUUUAUGUUUGUCUACGUCCAACACUUGAAAUCAGCCACUGGAUACUUGAGUCUUUCAUUUGAAUCUUGUGAAUCCUUUACCUCAGUUUCAGCCUGACAUCCUGCAAACCCACAUUGG